AUGUUGGUUACCAUAGUCACUGACACUAACAAUUUCUUCAUCGACAUAAGCCAACACGAACCUAUUCUUGAGAUCAAGCACAAAAUCGCGAAAAUCCUAGGCAUUCCUGUAGCCUUACAAACACUUUUCGUGUUAGGCUUAGAACUAAUUGAUGGACUCGACAUGGAUGACUAUCCGAUCAUCCAUGAAGGCACAAAGAUCAAUCUCAUUUUGAAUUAUACUCAUGACGACUUACCUCCUAGUCCUAUGGACUACUUCUACUCGGAACAAACGAGUCACAACUACAAGAUCCCAAUCACCAUAAAAUUUUCAUCAAAACAAGUUAACAUAGAGGUAGACAAAACAGAAACAGUAAGAAGUCUAAAGGAGAAAAUACACAUCAUUGAUGGUACCCCUAUCAAGAGGAUGUUACUAUAUACUUCAGGGGUUGAAAUGGACGACGAAUUUCGAUGUUUGAGCGAGUAUCAAAUCACUGAAUUUUCUGAAAUUAAUGUUUUUCUUAAGAGCAUGAACCGAAUAAAGGUUGAACCUCCUAGUAGGAAGCUAAGCAUGGUGGUACAAACUUCAAAAAGCUUGCUUAAUGCUGCUAGGAUACCCUUGGAGAUGAAGGACUCGUGCACUGUUAAUGAGGUGAGGCAAUUACUAUUGACUAGAAGGAUUUUGCCUAUGGAUGAUUACAUAUUUAUCCAUAAGCAAAGGAUUAUGCGCGAUAAUUGUAGCCUUCGUUGGCAUGGUGUUGAACAAGGCGAUUAUCUUUAUGUUUUUAAAGGGACAAUUAGUAAGGACGGAUUUUAG